GCGACAGCAUCGCAAGCUCAGCAAGUGGGUUGGCGGCAGCAGCACAAAGCAGUCGCCCCGUUUUCUGCUUCCGCGCCCACUCGCUUGCUCCGGUGACGGGAGGCCAACGCAAAGCAGCGCAUCCAACGUGACUCAGUUUUUGUUUCAACUUAUCUGAGCCUUGAGCCUCCACUUUGACCGAUGUGUGUGUCACCAUGCUGCGGACGCUGCUGGUACUACUGCUGACUGUCAUCUUUGCCAUGGGUUCGAACUCCCCCGCUGACUUCCUCUUGCCGUCCUACAACAAAAGCAGCAGUGGCGUGCAGAGGCUGCCCGAUGCUAUCAUCAUCGGCGUGCGUAAAGGUGGAACCAGAGCGCUGCUGGAGAUGCUCAACCUGCACCCUGAUGUGAAAGUGGCCAAGGCAGAGGUGCACUUCUUCAACGUGGAGGAUCACUAUAAGCGAGGGCUGGCCUGGUACCGUUCCCAGAUGCCCUUCACUAGGUCCGGCCAGCUGACGUUGGAGAAGACCCCCGGUUACUUCGCCGCACCCCAAGUUCCAGCUCGUGUCUGGGCCCUGAACCCAGCCGCCCGGCUGCUGCUGAUCGUGCGCGACCCGGCUGAAAGGCUGGUCUCCGACUAUACCCAGGUUCUACACAACCGCCUGGCCCGGCAAAAACCCUACCGGCCUUUGGAGGAACUUCUACUCCGCAAAGGCCACGUGGACCCGGAAUACAAGGCCCUGCAGAGGAGCCUCUACCACCGGCACCUAGCACGCUGGCUGGAGGUCUUCCCCAGGGAGCAGAUCCACGUGGUGGACGGUGACGCCUUGGUCCGUGACCCCUACCCCGAGCUGAGACAGGCAGAACGCUUCCUGGAAUUACCACCCCACAUUGGCCCAGAUAAUUUCUACUACAAUAGUACAAAGGGGUUCUACUGCCUCUUGGAGGCCGGACGGGAGAAGUGCUUGGACCAGUCCAAAGGGCGGCCUCACGCACCUCUUGACGAACUCGCCUUCAGAAAACUCUGCCAAUACUUGGCCAAGCCCAACCGCUUGUUCUUCGACAUGGUGGGUAGAACCUUUACCUGGUGCUAAGGACACAGUGGAAUUCCUGUUUGUUAAAAAACUUUCAAACCCACCCAUUUCAGAGACAACACUGACCCUGUUUGCCAUAGACUCAAUGAUAAAGCUCGAAGUGACUUUAUAACCGUGGUGGUGCCUCUGUGGAUAAAACUGUGUCUAAUGCUAAAGUCGAUGUUUUCGGCCAUAAGAAAUUGGACUAUUAAUUCGCUUCCGCUUGUCUUGGACAACUGGCUCGACACACGCAUCUGCACAACAGGUCUCGGGUAUUCUCCUCCGGUUCAAUGUCCCCCAAACUGUUGAGCAGCCCUUUUUGACCGGCAAUAUGGCGCGGUGAAAAUGGUGACAUCACAUGCACAAGGUCUACUGGUCAACAACAGGUAUGCAAAAGUGAAGUGGUGAGACUAUUAGCGAGUGCGCAAAUAAUGUAUUAUUGGCUCAAGACAAAAUUGGUAGCGUGUUCCAAUGGAAUUGUAAGGUUAUUGUUAAUGGCAAGAGGGAAGAAGCUGUUGGAAUGUCUGUUGGUUUUUGUUUGCACUGUUCGAUAGCACCUACCUGAGGGUGAGAGCU